AUGGCGUAUCACUUUGACACUCCCGACAGAGUGUUGAAGAGGGUUCAGCAAUUGGAGGACAUGGAGUUACCUUCCCUCCCGAGUUUUCAACAUGACGAUAUAGAAUACGAUAGCAUGAGCGGAGCAGAAACGAGUAGAGACGAUUAUCACUAUCAACAAAAACAAGGACAAUCGGUAUCUGAUAUCGUUAGUCAGGAAGAUGUUGCUACUCCCCAUCCACUGCGUGCAGCUGCUGCACCACGUCCAUCUAGUACUAUCACAGGAACAACUCGGUCUUCCGCCGAUUCCUUUUCCACUGCUUCUGGCUCACCAUUCCCUCCGGUAGAUGCUUCUCUCAGAGAGGGCACGCCAUCGCCAUAUGCACCAGCUGCAGCUCUCACUUCAACCCCUCAAUCACGACAAAUGAGAUCUCUGUCUCGAUCAAUUUUAGCGAGCAGUACUGUUACUGCAGAUCAAACUGCUACAACCACCAGCAAGGCCUCCCGACAUGAGAGAACCAGGAGUGGGACAGGAUCACUAGGGAAUAGUACGCAUGCAUCCAGAAGAGAAAGAUGGCAAACACCGGGCGAAAUGAGUGGUAGCUUUUCAGGUGAUGAAAUAGUGGAUAGCAUAAAGCUGGGGACGGAAAAAUCAGUUCCGUUGAACGACGAUUCAGAGGGUCUUUACAACGAAUCUCAUUCCCAAUCUUUACCUGAACUCCCCUCGCUCACGGCCCCACCAGAGGAAACUCCUGUCACCCGUCGGUUAUCAUCCGCGAAUGUUUUAUUCGAGAGACCAAGGAAACGAGGUCCGUCGGCGACGAUACAACAGCUUGAGGCUGUGCUUGCAACACCUAGUGAUCUUUCUACACCUUCCGGGUCUCAAACAUCUGUCGUGACUGCCCUUCCAAUUCAGCAAAAUGACCGGAUACCAAGUCUGUCAAGGAGUGAAGUUUCCGGAACAGACGUUAGUGAAGCCGCUAGUACUCCAGAAGGACCGGUGAGGAAUGUUUCUAUGAUGACUCCUCGGCUGGAUGCGCAUCAAGAGUAUGAGGUGACUGGAGAAUACCAGUACGAUUUGGAGAGUGAGGGAAGCAAUCACGGGGAAAAUCCUACUUGGGUGUACAAUCAAGACAUGGACCAUAUGCAACAAGAGGAUCAAGAUGAUUCAGGUGAUCUUUCACGCUUUGCAUCACCUUCUAAAGCUAUGGACACAUAUUCUCCUGCAAAAAUGGCAAUCACCCCUUCAAUGACUCAUUAUUCAACCCCCGGUACCGUACGUGGUCAACCGUUCCGAGAAGAUAGCUACAACUCGGUUGUGGCGACAACAACGGUGCUUCACGACAUCACCAAUUCAGCACAAAAUACACCUUCCGCUCCUUUGACCCCCUCACCUUUCGGUAUGGCAUCGAAAAAUAGUGAGGUAUCAACUCCGCGAGCCCAUUUGGACGAUGCAGCACGACGCAAAAGCCAUGUCUUAGCUGUCUUAAGCUCUUCAGGUUCAACAUCGAGAGUCAUGCGCCCACAAUUCCGAGGAACACCUCAUCCUCUUCGAAGGGUAUCGACUGCUCCAGACACAGAAUCCAUCGCCGAAGAGGGAAGCAGCAUGGGCGACAGUCAACGGUCUAUGCAUAGAGCAGUAACACCGGGAGCUACAAGCCGUUUGACCAUCGAUCAGUCGGCUGAUCAAUCCUUCGUAUCGGUUGCGUCUUCCGCUGACCUGACAUCCGAUAAGAGAGCAUCGCAUUUGCAUAGCCGCCUUUCGCGAGGGAACACUUCGUUUCCUACCAUACUUCUGCCAACCACGCCUUCAAGUGUGGGUGGUGGGUCAUUGAAAGGUUUCUCGGAUCAACGUGCGGAUGGGAUCAAGAUACAUAAACAUCUCAACGCGAUGAACAAGCAACUCUUAGAAUCGAAUGCUGAUCUUGCUCGAGAAGCUGAGGCUUGGAAAUAUGAAGUAGAAAAAUUGAGGGGAAUCCUAGAAGAUCAUGAUAUAGAUUGCGAAGAGUCCAAUGUUUUGGGUAAGGCACACGGUGCCUCGACCUCUGCGAACAUCUCCCAGCAAUUACCUGAAUGGCCUGCCAAUUCGCCAGGCGGACAAAGUGGACGGGACAAUCCCCGAGGUGAUCAUACCCAGCUUAUCAGUCAAUUAUCGUCUCUUAGCGGAAGGAAAGAUCGAUCACCUCAUGGUCAGACAUCCGUGUCCGCGCAAGAUCUUUUGGAUGGUCUGACGCCGGAAGAGUACGCCGCAGUCAUGCAAGAAAUGGCGGAGAAAUUGGAAAGUUUAGAAGAAGGGCUCGAUGAAAAGGACCAAAUGAUUUCUGACUUGCAAGAUCAGCUUCAAGCUGCGAUUCAAUCUGGAUCGCCAGAACAAAAUGAACUUCAUGAUGAAAUCGACAGGUUAUCCUUACAGCUUGAACAAGCUGAUGAAGCUAGAGUAGCUCAACAAACUGAAUUCUCCACCAAAACGGAACAACACGCAAAACAAUUUGGGGAGAUCUGUUCCAGCUUUGAGGACCAAGUGCGAGGGCUAGAAAAAGAGCUCGAUCUAGCGAAAGAUGAAGCAGACCGUCUCAGAUCUGAUAAACAUAGGCUCGAAAGUUUAUCGUCUGCCGAAGGGCGAGAAGCUAGAGAGCAAGAGCUGAGAAAGCAAGUUCAAGAUCUUGAGACAGAAUUGGAAGUGUCCAAAGAGCAAUCACGGGAAAGAGCAACUGAAGUGGAAAACCUCAACAGACAUUCCACACAACUGUUGGAGGAGAAAGAGGCCUUAAUGCUUCGCAUCGAGACUGCCGAAAGCAAAGUGCAAGAUUUACAGCAAAAGCUCGAUGACAAGGCAGACAAGCGACUUACUGCUGGAUCAGAAGAGGUGGAAGCUAUGAAGAAUGAGUUGAAGGCUGCUUGUGAAGCUCAGACAGCUGCCGAAGAUGAGCUGUCUAGACACGUCGAGGAAGUAGCGACGAUUCAGCAGACCGUCUCUGAUCAAGAGGAUGAGCUUGAUCGACAACAUGAACAAAUCGAACAUCUGAACAAAGUUGUUGAAGCCCUUGAAGCAGAUCUUGCUUCGGCACAAUACUCUUCUGAAAACAACGAGCAAGCUGAAGAAGAACUUCGGCAUGUGCAACAAGAAUUGCAAGAAGUUCACGAUGUCCUAGCUGCUAAAGAAUCAGAAGUAGAGAUGCUGAAGGGCAAACUGGAGAUAGCAAGUAUUGCCACCGAAGCUAUUCGAACCUCUCAGAGACGAUCGACAUCUACAGAUUCUACUGCUACGCCCACUGUCAAGACUCCAGGUCCAUCGAAUUCUCCAAGUAACCAGGACAGUUUCGUAGCUGCCAUUGAAGAACGACUUGACGAGGCGUACAGAGAGAUUGGUCGUCUCAAGCAUGAACUCAUUGCUACGCCUCAUCGUAAAUCCGCUAUCGAGGUACGAGAUGCCAGAAUCCAAGCUCUCGAGAGGGAAAAAGCUGCCUUAGCAGAUAGAUUGGCUUCUGGAAGAAGUAUGGUCAUGCCCUCCACACCUGUACCUGCAGGUGUGCAAGAUGCAGGGUCACCAUUCAAAAGACCAACUCCACUCAUGCACAAAGCUAUCGUUUCACUUCGUACCCCUAGAACACCCGGCCCGAUGGGAGAGUUAUCCUGGCUUCAAACAACCAUUGGCGAUUCCAACGAACCCAUACUUCAAGCCCAGCUCGAAUAUCUCCAAAACGAACUUCAGGAUGCGAAUGAUCAACUUGAUCACAACUUCAGUCGACUGGAAUCAGCUGGCAUUGGUUCUGUCGCUCUCGCUGAGAAGCUUGCCGCUGCUGAGGAGAGAAUCGGUGAGCUUGAGGAUGAGAUCAGGACUUUGAUACAGAGGAACAAAGCCUCUUUGGCCUUAGUCAGCGCUCAGAAAGAAGAGCGAGAACGAGAUAACGAAGGAAGAAUGCAGAAAGCUUUGAAUGCUGUCCAUCAACAGAUGGAAGAAUUGAAAUCUGAUGUUGCCACUGAACGCUCCCGACUUCAACGGGACAACGGAAGACUCCAAAACCUCGUUUCAGAGAUGAAACUCAAAGGUCAAGCUGAAGUAGACAGCUUCCGAUCUGAAAUGGCAAGAAUCGCUGAAACCGCGGAAGCAGAUGUGGCAGCGGCACAAGCUGACCUCGCCGAUUCAAUGAAGGAACGAGAUGAGCUGAAGAAGAGCAUCCAAAAUUCUACAGCUAAAAUCGCACAACUUGAGCGCGACGUCGAUCAGCAGCAAAGAGCUUAUGAAGCAUUUUCUCGUCGCAAUGCCCAAGCGUCCCAAAACUCCACAACAACGAUAGAGCUCAAUCAGAAGAAUCAGAUGGUUCAAUCUCUCCACACUACCCUUCGCGACGUACAAGAAGAGGCCGAUCGAUUACGCGAUACACUUUCAGAACGUACCAGAUCUUUAGAAGAUACCCAAUCUCGACUUGUCAAAUUCCAGAAUGAGCGACAACAUGUCAUGAAGGAAUUGGAAGAUUUUGAAAGAGAUCUGCAAGUCCAAAGAGCCGAAAGUAAAGAGUUCGGUAGUCAGCUUCUAGCCUUGAGGAAGGAACAGGAUAAUACGUCGCGGCAUCAUCAGUCUGAACUUCAAACCUUGGAGAGGGAACUGAGGGAAGCCAGGGAGUUGGAACAUAGGACUAGUCGAGCAUUGGCAGAUGUCAAGAGUCGAUUCGAAAGUAUAGAACAAUGGAGAAUAGAUCAUCGAUGCGAUUCUUCACAAGCUCUCAUCGAUCAAAAAGCACGUUUCAAGACGCAAUCAAGAUCAUUAGCAAGUCAAAUACGAUAUCUGAAAGCUAAGUAUACCCGAGAAUCAACAUUCCGUAAUGCUCUCUCUUUACAGAAACGUUAUCUACUCUUAUUAGUUGGUGGAAUGAGUUUAGAUCAACAAGCUACAUUACGAACUAUAGCUCAAAUGGGCUAUCCCGUACCAGAACCACCAAGACCGAAACGAACAUUGAAAGCUGUGGCUUUAGCCGUAUUGAGCAUUGUAAGAGCUAAACAUACAGCCAAAUCUUGGAGAGAAGAAAAACAGCUUAAAGCUGAAUCAGUUAUAAAGCCAAAACAUGCUGAAAGAAGAAGUCUUUCCUCUAGGACAUGA